AUGUCGUCGCCUUCAUUAAAUGAAUCGAGCCCUAAAAAUCUCGAAAAUUCAACGACGGAUAAUGAAAGCGAGCAAGUCAGUACAGGUAGGUAUAAUAGUUCUAUACAACGUAUCUCAUAUACGAGGUAUAAAUUCUCAGCAGGAUCAAUACAGCAACGCAGUAUUUAUGAAAAUGAUUGCGACUCUACUAUUCAAUCGGAGAGAACGAUAGUGUCGCUGUUAUCAUCAAAUGUUGACAGUGUUAAUGAAAAAAUGAAUCCGGCUGUAGCCUCAGAAGAUGCAAUAACUUCAACCAAACAAUUGCAGACUGCAUUUCAUUCAUUCACAUCUCACAUACUCUCGAAUUAUGACCAAAACGUUAGCACUGCUUCCAGUAAAAUUGUAGAAACCCCGUUGGAAGCGGAUUUGCACCUGUCAUUGGCAGAAGAGCAGGAUGCUGAUACCGUCGUCCACGGGAUUAAGAACCUAAGUAGUGCAAAAGGGCUCGCGGCUAAUAGGGACCCUAUAGAAAACUUAGUGUUGGCUACUCUGGCUUUUAAAGAAACAUCAUUUAAUCAAUGCGAUUUGCUUAGAGCCCAAACUAGUGCAAUUAAUAGACUUGCUACAGCGAUUGAAGAUCAAAACAUAAUGAUGAAUCGGUUUCAUACAUUUGCUUGUAAAGCAAGUAAUAAUAAUUUGCUGGAUAAGAAUAAUAGUUAAUUAGUCUUUUGAGUAAGGAUGAAAAUUAGUUCGGGUUUCGAUUUGAGAAUAUUCUAUAUACACAUAUAACGAGAAAUUAAACAAUUUUUUGUUGAGCGUAUGAAAGUUUAUUGAUUAAUAUUAACAUUGAUAUAAAAAAAGUCGUAAAUAAUUAACAAAACUGAUUAGAGAGUAUAAAAUGAGAUCAGUGGUAAUUAUCAGUGUUCGGGACAUACAUCACCUACAAUUGACAAUCAAAGAAAUUAGUAUGCUUGAAGAUGUGUCCAAAACAUAUAAGACAAGACAAAUAAAUUUCCAAAAUAAAAAAAUUUGACAUUUACCAAUCGUUAUACAAUAUUCCAUAAUUAAUUCAAACUAAUCAGACCAGGUUCGAUUGAUUCCUCAGUUCCACUGUCAGUUCGUCUUGUAUAAUUAUAGUACGUCACAUGGAACAAUAAAAGCUCUACCGAAUAAAUAGAUAACAGCUGCAUAAGUCUCAAAC